AUGGUUCAAAAAGUAUUAUUAUUAGGUUCAGGUUUUGUAGCUAAACCAACAGUUGAUAUAUUAUCAUCAGAUCCAAACAUUGAAGUAACAGUAGCAUGUAGAACUUUAACAAAAGCAAAAGAAUUAGCAGGAGAUAAAGCUUCAGCAAUUUCAUUAGAUGUUACAAAUGAAACUAAAUUAGAUGAAGAAAUUGCUAAAUUUGAUUUAGUUAUUAGUUUAAUUCCUUAUAUUUAUCAUGUUAAUGUUGUUAAAUCAGCUAUAAAAAAUAAAAAACAUGUUGUUACAACAUCAUAUAUAAAUCCUCAAUUAAAAGCUUUAGAAAAAGAAAUUCAAGAUGCUGGUAUAACAGUAAUGAAUGAAAUUGGUUUAGAUCCAGGUAUUGAUCAUUUAUAUGCUAUAAAAACUAUAGAAGAAGUUCAUGCUCAAGGUGGAAAAAUUAAAUCAUUUUUAUCAUAUUGUGGAGGAUUACCAGCUCCUGAAAAUUCAGAUAACCCGCUUGGUUAUAAAUUUUCUUGGAGUUCAAGAGGUGUAUUAUUAGCAUUAAGAAAUUCUGCAAAAUAUUGGUUAAAUGGUGAAGUUGUUGAUGUUAAAUCUGAAGAUUUAAUGGCUACUGCAAAACCUUAUUUUAUAUAUCCUGGGUUUGCAUUAGUUUGUUAUCCAAAUAGAGAUUCAACCACGUACAAGCAAUUAUAUAAUAUACCUGAAGCUGAAACUGUUAUUAGAGGUACUUUAAGAUUUCAAGGAUUUCCUGAAUUUAUUAAAGUUUUAGUUGAUAUUGGAUUUUUAAGUGAUGAAGAGACAGAAAUUUUCACAAAAGAUGGACCAUGGAAUGAAGCAACUGCUACAUUAAUUGGUGCAAAAUCAUCAUCACAAGAAGAUAUCAUCUCAAAAAUUAAAGAAUUAACUAAAUUUAAAUCAAAAGAAGAUGAAGAAAGAAUUUUAGAUGGUUUUAAAUGGUUAGGUUUAUUUUCAACCACACCAAUAAAACCAAAGGGUAACCCAUUAGAUACAUUAUGUGCAACAUUAGAAGAUCUUAUGCAAUAUGAAAAAGGAGAAAGAGAUUUAGUUAUAUUACAACAUAAAUUUGGUAUUGAAAAUAAAGAUGGUACAACUGAAACAAGAACUUCAACAUUAGUUGAUUAUGGUAACCCCCAAGGUUAUUCAUCAAUGGCUAAAUUAGUUGGUGUACCAUGUGCUGUUGCAACAAAACAAAUUUUAAAUGGUACUUUAAAACAAAAAGGUUUAUUAGCUCCAAUGACAUCAGAUAUAAAUGAUUCUAUUAUGAAAGAAUUAAAAGAUGAUUAUGAUAUUUAUUUAGUUGAAAAAACUCUUUAA